UCUUACACGAGUAUCUUUCCUUCCAUGCACCACCAAAUUCGCCGACGGUAGACGAAGUUGCGAUGGGGGACAUGCUUGGCUACGUUGCCAAGGUGGCCCGCGAGUUUGUCUCGCAACGGUACGAAGAAAACAACGCACCGUUGCUCUACGUUCGCAUUCAGAUUGGGCAAGCGGCCUGCAACGCCUUGCUAGAUUGCGGCGCAACUCACAACUUCAUCAGCCAGUCCUUCAUGAGUCGGGCUGGCCUUGGCGCACAAGUACGGAGGAAGUCACAUCCGACGAUGGUCGCUCUUGCCGACGGUAAGAAGAAACAGCUUUUAAACCGUUACAUCUCGGCUGUCCCGGUGUACUUUGCACUGCACGCAUGUGAACCCGUCACUUUUGACGUGUUGGACACCGACUUUGAUGUCAUUUUGGGGAUGCCUUGGCUUUCUAGCGCGGACCACACGGUCAAUUUCCAUCGACGCACGCUCACGAUUCGUGAUGCAACUGGCGCCGAGGUCCCGUGUACUAUUCCUCCUCCUCGCUCUUCCAUUCGGUGCCAAGUCGUGAGUGCCAAAUCUUUUCGAGACACAUGCCGUUCCGAGCAUGUCGAAGAGAUUGGCAUCGCUUUUCUUCGAACCAUCCCGACGACCGAUUCAUCAUCCACGGAUGUGUCUUCCGACCCCCGUGUGAUCCGGUUGUUAGACGAGUUCUCAGAUGUUUUUGAGACACCCUCCGGUAUAGUGCCGGACCGGCCAAUCUUUCACGAGAUCAUACUUGAGGCCGGCGCCGUGCCACCGAAAGGAUGCAUUUAUCGCAUGUCCGAGGAGGAACUCACGGUUCUCCGUGCGCAACUCGACGAUCUACUUGACAAGGGUUGGAUCCGCCCUAGCAGCUCACCUUACGGUGCGCCCGUUCUCUUCGUUCGGAAGAAGAACAAGGACCUUCGACUUUGCAUUGACUAUCGGCGCCUCAACGCGCAAACCAUCAAGAACGCGGGGCCUCUACCUCGCAUUGACGAUUUGCUUGAGCAGUUGGGCGGCGCCAAGUACUUUUCCAAGUUGGACCUCAAGUCGGGCUACCAUCAGAUUUCCAUCCGCCCGCAAGAUCGGUACAAAACCGCGUUUAAGACGCGAUAUGGGCAUUUUGAGUGGGUAGUUAUGCCUUUUGGCCUCACCAAYGCCCYGRCCACCUUUCAGGCGGCCAUGACCACCGAGUUUCGCGCUAUGUUGGACCGCUUCGUCUUGGUCUACUUAGACGACAUCCUCGUCUAUAGCCGAACUCUAGAGGAGAAUCUCGAGCACCUUCGUCGUGUUCUAGAGACUCUUCGGUCAGCCCGGUACAAAGCUAACCGCGACAAAUGCGAGUUUGUCCGGCAAGAGCUUGAAUACUUGGGUCAUUUUGUCUCUCCGGAAGGCAUUCGUCCGUUGGCRGACAAGAUUCAAGCCAUCCAGGAGUGGCCCGAGCCGAAGAAUGUGACGGACGUCCGAUCCUUCCUCGGCUUGGCCGGUUAUUAUCAGCAUUUCAUCAAGAGUUACUCGAAGAUCGCGGCCAACCUAAGCAAGUUACAAAGCGAGGAGCGGCCUUUUGACUUCGAUGAAGAUGCGCGUCAUUCUUUUGAAACACUCAAAGCGGCACUCUUAUCCGCCGAGGUGUUACAUAUUUACGACCCGCUUCUAGCUACGCGCGUUACUACCGAUGCGUCGGGGUAUGGCAUUGGGGCCGUCCUUGAGCAGCACGAUGGCACGGACUGGCACCCAGUCGAGUACUUUAGCAAGAAAGUACCUCCCGUGCAUUCGAUCGACGACGCACGGAAGGAGCUUCUUGCCUUCGUCCAUGCCCUCAAGCGUUGGUGACAUUUCCUCCUUGGUCGGAAAGCAUUCCGAUGGGUAAUGGAUAACAAUCCGUUGGUAUUCUACAAGUCGCAAGACACAAUU